AUGAGGGAUAACGUCAAACGAAAGCUGAGUGAAAUUGGAAUCGCAGGAAAUGUUGCUUCUGAGAUAGUAUUCGACAUCUUCGGUAAGAAAGUGGACGGUGGAAUUGAGGGAGGUUUAGUUGACUGCACAUCGUCUGAUGAAUUUGAUACAGCUCUCAAGGUAGUCGUCGAAAAGUGGGAUACACUACACGAUCACGGUGCGAAGUUUGUGGAAUACUUUCUCAAGGACGUCAUUCGAGAAGCAGCUAGAGCUGAUGUUCGAUCUGUGUGUGGUCUUGGAUAUCCUCCCAAAGUCUACACUCAGAAUGCCAACGAAUGCAUGAAUAGGGUCAUCAAAGCGGAAGAGAAUUCCAGCUAUUCCAAGAAAGAAGUCUCGCUGCUUCCUUAUGUGGAGAGAAUUAGAAAUGAAAUCAAACGGCAACAGAACGAACAGUUUCUCGCGGUUCUUGGAAGAGGUCAAUACAGGGUAACCGAAGAGUUCACAUUUCUGGAAGUUCAAGAACGUAACUUCUACUCAAUGACAGAUGGCCAGAAGACGUCCCUGCGGAAGAAGUUUUUUUCCAUCAAAGUAACGGAAACACCAAGUGCCCAUACCAAGCGACCAAACGAGACGAAAGCCUUAUCAAUAAGUCCAGAAGAAUCGGGGAUUAUCGACGUCUCAUUUCCUAUUCUCACAGGAAUGUUUGGCAGAGCUGCUACUUUGGUAAACAACCCUUCUUAUAUCUGGAAGAUGCCUACGACAGACACCCAGGAUAAACCGGCCUUCAUGGUUCACAGCACCUCAUCCGACAAUCCGCACAGAGUGAUGGUAUGUCCCAAAAGCGGCAAAGUGACGUGUGACAAAGCGUGUGUGAAUUGGUCAACAUAUAGUUUGUGCUCGCAUACCUUGGCCGUAUCUGAAAAUAUAGAGCGCCUGAAAGAAUUUCUAACAUGGUUCAAGAAGCAGAAACGCGUCCCGAACUUGACUACUAUCACCAACAUCAACAUGCCGCAAAAUAAAGGACGUAAAUCUGGAACACGAAAGAGAAAGGGAGCCGCCAAUACAACACCAACCGAAGGAAUGCCCGUUGUUGCAAGUCGUGUUGUUCACAGCCACAUCAACAACCUCGAGCCACGAAUAAUGCGUAUUUCCAGACUGGUGUAA